AUGGCCUCCCUGCGUGGAAUCUUGUUUAUUUUCCCACUCUUGCUUGCCACCGCGCAUUCCCAAAUGUUCUUCCCACACCCUGUGUUCGGAGGAUCCAACGGCAAGGAUGGGAAGCUACAUCUUCCAGGCAUCACAAUCCGAAACCCUUUUGCCGGAUCCGAUGACGACGACGACAGGGAUAUUUUUAAGGUGAACGAUCCGGGGGGGAAGCCUCCGUUGGAGACAGACUACAAAGGUUUGUGGGAGCUGGUUUCCAAGGACUCCGGAGCCAAUGCCAUGCACGUGAAUUUACUUCCCAACAACAAGGUUGUAAUGUACGAUGCCACCGCCUUCCACAUGUCAACAAUUAGAUUGCCAAACGGAGAAUGUUUUCCCUUCAAGACAGAUCAAGGGGCUGAGAGGGAGGAUUGUUGGUGUCACGCAGUGGUGUAUGAUAUUGACACGGCACAAAUCAGACCACUCAAGGUUGCGUGGGAUCCAUGGUGCUCAUCGGGAGGGCUUGCAGCAGACGGUACAUUGGUUAGUACCGGUGGGUGGUUAAGAGGAGCAAGAACUGUUAGAUACAUGCGCACGUGCGACGACUGCGAUUGGAAAGAAUACCCGACUGCACUCGCAGAUUCAAGAUGGUAUGCAACACAAGCAACCCUCGCCGAUGGUAGCUUCAUUUUGGUGGGUGGCCGAAGGUCAUACAGCUACGAAUACGUACCGCCUGAAGGAAAUUCCAAUCCCCAAGCCAUCAAGUUUCCCUUUCUCGACGAAACCAGCGAUUUGGACGAGAACAAUCUCUACCCUUUCGUCCACCUCUCCACCGACGGCAACGUCUUCAUCUUCGCCAACAACCGCUCGGUGCUCCUCGACCCAAAGACCAACAAGAUCAUCCGUGAGUUCCCCGUCUUGGACGGCGGCUCUCGGAACUACCCGGCUUCGGCAAUGUCCGCUCUCCUCCCAAUAAAGCUCUACGUCCAGAACGCCGACGUCAUCCAGGCCGAGGUCAUCGUUUGCGGCGGUGCAAAGCCUUUUGCCUACGGAUUAGCCCAGAAGGGAACCUUCAUUCCGGCACUACAAGACUGCAACAGGCUUCAAAUCACGAAGCCUAACCCCAUGUGGAAGAAAGAGACCAUGCCUACACCGCGUGUUAUGGGUGAUAUGCUCAUUCUUCCUACUGGGGACCUCCUCAUUCUUAAUGGUGCCAAGCGAGGUACAGCGGGUUGGUACUUAGCGGAUGAACCCAACCUCACUCCGGUCCUUUAUAGUCCUGAUAAGCCGAGGAACCAAAGAUUUAAGGAGCUUAAUCCCAGCAAGAUUCCAAGAAUGUACCACUCUGCCUCGACGGUGCUUCCCGACGGCAGGAUAUUAGUCGGAGGUAGCAAUCCUAAUGCAGGGUAUAACUUCACAGCCAAGUACCCUACCGAGAUGAGGAUAGAGAAAUUCUCACCGCCGUCUUUGGAUCCUGGUUUGGAUGUUCAAAGGCCGGAAAUCAUGGUGGAGUCGUCGGAGGCCACUCUAGCGUACGGAGAGAAGUUCUCGGUGCAGUUUAAGCUUGCUACUCUGUUUGUGGACAAGAGUGACAUCAAGGUGACCAUGUAUGCCCCGCCUUUUACGACGCACGGCUACUCCAUGAAUCAAAGACUGCUUGUUCUGGGUAAGGUUGACGUGGAACAGGCUUUGCUGCCAGGUGUUCACAAUGUUGAGGUGAUGGCGCCACCUACGAGAGCGGUUGCUCCGCCCGGGUACUACCUACUCUUCAUGGUUUAUCGUGGAGUUCCGAGCGAGGGAAUGUGGGUGCAAAUCAAGUAG